AAGAAAGGAAUUUUGUUUUAUUUUAUUUUUCCAUCAUUCUUCGACCAUCACUUGUAAGUUAUAUAAAUGUUACAGCGGCACACCAGGCUAGUCCAAGUGGUUUCUUAAGCCGAUACAAUAUGAAGCUCGUCAUCUCAAACAUUUUGUUUCUUGCCUUAGCUGGCUAUGCUCUUGGAGCAGCCGUCGAAAAUUGUCACUUCGAUCGUUUGAUGAAAUGUGGCGACCCACUGGAUGCCUUCAGAAAAGAAAUGGGACAAAGCUUCCCCACGACAGAGGACCAAGUGAAAAAACUGUGCAGUAACAUGGAUGAAGCUUUGAAAUGCGCCGAAGAGUUCCAAAAUAAAUGUAUGACCCCCUUGCAAUUGGAAACAAUGGGAUUCCUGGCUGAAGGAGCCCAAAUCGUUUACAAAGAUUUCUGUACAGAUGGAUCUAAUAUGAGAGCAGAAUAUCUGAAGCAUGCUCAAUGCAUAGACGAUGCUUCAAAGACUGACGAAGCCAAGGGAUACUACAGCUACGUUGAGGCUGCUUUGGAAGAUCUGACUGAGAAACCUCCGACUGAGAGAUUGCCAACCACUUGCUGCGGCUACAAAUGGCUAGAUGCCAAAUUCAACAAGAUGGGCAAAGAAAAGUGCGGUCAAGAAGCCGUUGAUGCUUUCAAGAACGUUGUCGAGAUGGUUGUGUCCAGUCUGCCCAAUGUCCUUUGUUCAGGUUUCGAGCCGGACAGCAAACAGUGCACGGCCGUCCUUCCUGCCGCCGGCGCCACGCCCAAAGGCACCAUCAAGAACUCCCACAUUGCACAGACCUUUGCAUCUGUUUAUCUUCCAGACCUGCAAUAGAAUCUUGUAAAGUUUUGAUUUUUUGUAGUUAGUAAUAAAGUUUUUGUUAAGUUUUC